AUGGCCACAACUACAAAGUUUUCUGAUUCAGGGGGUGCGCCGAUAUCAGACCCCACUACGUACAGAUCGGCAGUGGGUGCUCUGCAGUAUGUGACGCUCACAAGGCCGGAUGUCUCCUUUGCUGUUAAUCUUGCAUGUCAAUUUAUGCACUCUCCGACAGAAGAACACUGGCAGUUAGUGAAACGCAUUAUUCGUUACUUGAAAAGCACCCAAAUGGCAGGAUUGCUGAUUGAGCGCUCCCCAUCUCGCUCUCUCCAGGUGUUCACUGAUGCAGACUGGGCAGGUGAUGGGUCCGAUCGAAAAUCAACUGGGGGUUUUACGAUUUUCCUUGGACCCAAUCUUGUUUCUUGGGUAUCUCAUAAACAACGUAUAGUGGCCCGUUCUUCUACGGAGGCUAAGUACAAAGCUCUAGCCGAUGCAUCGGCUGAACUAAUCUGGCUAGAGUCCUUAUUUGCUGAACUUGGGUAUCCUCUCACUAGCCCUCCAAUUCUGUGA